UGUCUCCAGCCCUUCCUCCUAGAAGCCUGCGCCCCUUCUCCAACCAUGGCGGAACCUCCACCCGACCCUUGGGGUGCCCCCCAGCCUCCCUCUAGCAGGAAGAGUUCCCAGUCCUCCGAACGGAGGCGCAGUCAGGAGCGCUCUCAGCCCCAGGCAAUAGCCCCUGAGGGGGUGCAGCCGAUUGAUGCCCAGACUCUGUUGUCAGGGCAGCGGCGCUGGUCUCAGAGGGCCAGCCUGCCGCAACAGGAGAACUCGCUCGUGUCCCCAGCCUUCCAGGCUGAGGAAACCCGAGUGGGUGGCAUGGAGAACUUGCCCAUGAAUGCCCGCUAUUCCUUAGAGAACCAGACCCAACGCCGUGAAAGCGAGAUCCAGGGCUACGCCCCCAACCUGAUGCCGCAGAAUCUGCAGCAGGGGCAAGGCAGCCUCUUCCAGCAACUGGAGUCUACCUACCAUGACCCCCGGGGUCUCCUUGGUCAGGCCAGCCUCUACCAGACAGAGGACCAGCAGUUCAACGACAGUGCCCCACACGGGCCCUACUUAAGGGAUGACCCUACACUCCAGCUCUCACCGUCUGAGCUGGCCUUCAUGCCCUUCAGCGCCGAGGUGCCACAGCCUGAACCCCGGGAGCUGGCCGUGCAGAACGCCAAGGCCUACCUGCUGCAGACCAGUGUCAAUUGCGACCUAAGCCUGUACGAGCACCUGGUGAACCUGCUAAACAAGAUCCUGAAUUUUUUAAAGAUCCUGAACCAGCGGCCAGAGGACCCCUUGUCCAUCCUGGAGUCACUGAACCGCACCACACAGUGGGAGUGGUUCCACCCCAAGCUGGACACACUACGGGACGACCCCGAGAUGCAACCCAGCUACGAGAUGGCAGAGAAGCAGAAGGCGCUGUUUUUGCGGAGCGGUGGUGUGGAGGGCGAGCAGGAGAUGGAGGAGGAAGUGAGCGAGACCCCCGUGCCCAACGUCAUGGAGACAGCCUUCUACUUCGAACAGGCGGGCGUGGGCCUGAGCUCAGACGAGAGUUUCCGCAUCUUCCUGGCCCUGAAGCAGCUGGUGGAGCAGCAGCCCAUCCACACGUGCCGUUUCUGGGGCAAGAUCCUGGGGCUCAGCCGCAGCUACGUGGUGGCCGAGGUGGAAUUCCGGGAGGGCGAGGAGGAGGUGGAGGAGGAGGAGGUGGAGGAGAUGAUGGAGGGCGGUGAGGCCUUGGAGGCGCACGGCGAGGAGGAGGGCGAGGAGGACGAGGAGAAGGUCGUUGACAUCAUCCCCAAGCCGAUGUGGAAGCCGCCGCCCGUCAUCCCCAAGGAGGAGAGCCGCACGGGCACCAACAAGUACCUGUACUUCGUGUGCAACGAGCCGGGCCGGCCGUGGACGCGGCUGCCGCACGUCACACCCGCGCAGAUCGUGCACGCCCGCAAGAUCAAGAAGUUCUUCACCGGCCACCUGGACGCGCCUGUCGUCAGCUACCCGCCCUUCCCUGGCAACGAGGCCAACUACCUGCGGGCCCAGAUCGCCCGCAUCUCGGCCGCCACGCACAUCAGCCCGCUCGGCUACUACCAGUUUGGCGAAGAGGAGGGCGACGAGGAGGAGGAGGGGGGCGCCGGGCGCGACUCCUUCGAGGAGAACCCCGACUUCGAGGGCAUCCCGGUGCUGGAGAUGGUUGACUCCAUGGCCAACUGGGUGCACCAUACGCAGCACAUCCUGCCUCAGGGUCGCUGCACUUGGGUGAACCCUUUGCAGAAGACGGAGGAAGAGGAGGAUCUGGGGGAAGAGGAAGAGAAGGCGGACGAGGGGUUGGAGGAGGUGGAGCAGGAGGUUGGGCCCCCGCUGCUGACCCCACUCUCAGAAGAUGCAGAGAUCAUGCACAUGUCACCCUGCCCCGCCCGCCUGUCCUGCGCCCUCUGCCCGCAGUACUCCGUGGCCAUCGUGCGCUCCAACCUCUGGCCGGGCGCCUACACCUUCGCCACUGGCAAAAAGUACGAGAACAUCUAUAUCGGCUGGGGCCAUAAGUACAGCGCCGAGAACUUCAACCCGGCCCUGCCAGCCCCCGUUCAGCAGGAGUACCCCAGUGGCCCGGAGAUCUUAGAGAUGAGCGACCCCUCGGUGGAGGAGGAGCAGGCCCUCAAGGCCGCCCAGGAGCAGGCCCUGGCGGCUGCGGAGGAGGAAGAGGAGGACGAGGAGGAAGAUGAAGAUGAGGACCUAGAAGACUGACACCCUCCAGCCCCUUCCCCAAGCAGGUAGAUAGCAGUUUUCCCCUUAUAUGUAUAGUUAUGGAUUGUGGUUGUUUCCUGCCCCUAGAGGGUAAGGGUACAGACAAAAGCAACAGCUCCAAAUAAAAUUUCCCUGUGGUAUUG